AUGGCCGACCAUCCUGCCGGCGGCGCCCCGGCGCUGUCGACCAACAUCGAGAGCGGCAAGUUUGAUGAGAAGGAAGUUAUUCGCCCCAAGCACGUUGCGAAGGAAGAGGAGGAGGACGAGGACAUUGAUGCCCUCAUCGAGGACUUGGAGAGUAAUGAUGGCCAUGGUGCUUUUGAGGAGGAGGAAGAGGUCCAGCCCGGCGGUUUCCGCGUUGUCCCGGAGGAGCUGCUCCAAACCGACACCCGCGUCGGUCUGACCUCCGAGGAGGUCAUCCAGCGCCGCCGGAAAUAUGGCCUCAAUCAAAUGAAGGAGGAGAAGGAGAACCUGGUUCUCAAGUUCUUCGGCUUCUUCGUCGGUCCUAUCCAGUUCGUCAUGGAGGCUGCCGCUGUUCUGGCUGCCGGUCUUGAGGACUGGGUCGAUUUCGGUGUUAUCUGUGGUCUGCUGCUGCUCAACGCUGUUGUCGGUUUCGUUCAGGAGUACCAGGCUGGUUCUAUCGUCGACGAGCUCAAGAAAACUCUGGCCCUGAAGGCUGUCGUUCUGCGUGAUGGCACUCUCAAAGAGAUUGAGGCACCCGAAGUCGUCCCCGGUGAUAUCCUCCAGGUUGAGGAGGGUACCAUCAUCCCCGCUGAUGGUCGCAUCGUCACCGAUGGUGCUUUCCUCCAGGUCGACCAGUCUGCCAUCACGGGCGAGUCUCUCGCCGUUGAGAAGCGCAAGGGUGACCAAUGCUACGCCUCGUCUGCUGUCAAGCGUGGUGAAGCUUUCCUCGUCGUCACAGCCACUGGUGACAACACCUUCGUUGGCCGUGCUGCUGCCCUCGUCAGCGCCGCCAGCGCCGGCAGCGGUCACUUCACGGAGGUGCUCAACGGCAUCGGCACCAUCCUGCUGGUCCUUGUCAUUCUGACCCUCCUGGUCGUCUGGAUUGCCAGCUUUUACCGUUCUAACCCGAUUGUCAUGAUCCUCGAGUUCACUCUCGCCAUUACCAUCGUCGGUGUCCCUGUCGGUCUCCCUGCCGUCGUCACCACCACCAUGGCCGUCGGUGCUGCCUACCUCGCCAAGAAGAAGGCCAUCGUCCAGAAGCUCUCUGCCAUCGAAUCUCUGGCUGGUGUUGAGAUCCUCUGCUCUGACAAGACUGGUACCCUCACCAAGAACAAGCUCUCUCUCAACGAGCCCUACACCGUCGCCGGCGUUGACCCCGAGGACCUCAUGCUCACUGCCUGCUUGGCCGCUUCCCGCAAGAAGAAGGGUCUUGAUGCCAUCGACAAGGCUUUCCUCAAGUCUCUGAAGCACUACCCCCGCGCCAAGAGCGUCCUCAACAAGUACAAGGUCAUCGAGUUCCACCCCUUCGACCCUGUCUCCAAGAAGGUCGUUGCCGUCGUCGAGUCCCCUCAGGGUGAGCGCAUCAUCUGCGUGAAGGGUGCGCCUCUCUUCGUUCUCAAAACUGUCGAGGAGGAUCACCCCAUCCCGGAGGAGGUUGACCAGGCCUACAAGAACAAGGUGGCCGAGUUCGCUUCUCGUGGCUUCCGUUCUCUGGGUGUUGCCCGCAAGCGUGGGGAGGGCCAGUGGGAGAUCUUGGGUAUCAUGCCCUGCUUCGACCCUCCGCGCCACGACACUGCCCGUACCGUCAACGAGGCCAAGUCUCUCGGUCUGUCCAUCAAGAUGCUUACUGGUGAUGCCGUCGGCAUUGCUCGUGAGACUGCCCGCCAGCUUGGUCUCGGUACCAACAUUUACAACGCUGAGCGUCUGGGUCUCGGCGGUGGCGGUGACAUGCCUGGCUCUGAGGUCUACGACUUCGUCGAGGCUGCUGAUGGUUUCGCCGAGGUGUUCCCCCAGCACAAGUACAACGUCGUCGAGAUUCUGCAGCAGCGUGGCUACCUGGUUGCCAUGACUGGUGACGGUGUCAACGAUGCUCCCUCUCUCAAGAAGGCCGAUACUGGUAUUGCUGUCGAGGGUGCUUCCGAUGCUGCUCGCUCUGCUGCUGAUAUCGUCUUCCUCGCCCCUGGUCUUGGUGCCAUCAUUGAUGCCUUGAAGACUUCUCGUCAGAUUUUCCACCGCAUGUACGCCUAUGUCGUCUACCGUAUCGCUCUGUCGAUCCACCUCGAGAUCUAUCUCGGCUUGUGGAUUGCCAUUCUUAACCGGAGCUUGAACAUUGAGCUGGUCGUCUUCAUCGCCAUCUUUGCCGACGUUGCCACUCUGGCUAUUGCCUAUGACAACGCUCCCUACAGCAAGACGCCCGUGAAGUGGAACCUUCCCAAGCUUUGGGGCAUGUCGGUCCUGCUCGGCAUCGUCCUCGCCAUCGGCACCUGGAUUACUGUCACGACUAUGUACGCUCAUCCCAAUGGUGGUAUCAUCCAGAACUUCGGUAAUAUGGAUGAGGUCGUCUUCCUUGAGGUCUCGCUCACCGAGAACUGGCUCAUCUUCAUCACUCGUGCCAAUGGUCCCUUCUGGUCGUCGAUUCCCUCUUGGGAGCUGUCUGGCGCCGUGCUCAUUGUCGACAUCAUCGCCACUCUGUUCUGCAUUUUCGGCUGGUUCGAGCACGGCCACCAGACCUCCAUUGUCGCUGUCGUCCGUACUUGGAUCUUCUCGUUCGGCAUCUUCUGCGUCAUGGGCGGUCUCUACUACAUCCUGCAGGGCAGCACUGGUUUCGACAACCUCAUGCACGGCAAGUCGCUCAGGGGCAGCCAGAAGCAGAGGUCCCUGGAGGACUUUGUCGUUUCUCUGCAGCGCGUCUCGACCCAGCACGAGAAGUCGCAGUAA